ACUAUCUAACCCGCUCACUCAUACUGAAUGCUUAUCAUGUAAACAUUUAUUUUCCAUCUCAAAUGCUGUAAUUUUGACAUUCAUUACGGUGCAGUGCCGCGGUACAACGCAUAGCACGAGUUCUAUUAUUUUCGUUAAAAGAGUUUAAUUAAAAUUGUUUUAAAAUGUUUGGUGGAGCUCAGCCUAUACUUGUUUUAAGUCAAAACACAAAAAGAGAAUCCGGUCGCAAGGUGCAGCUGGAGAAUAUUAACGCCGGAAAGGCUAUUGCUGAUGUUAUACGCACUUGUCUUGGUCCACAGGCUAUGUUAAAAAUGCUUAUGGACCCGAUGGGUGGUAUUGUAAUGACAAAUGAUGGCAAUGCUAUUCUACGUGAAAUCACAGUUCAACAUCCUGCAGCAAAGAGUAUGAUUGAAAUUGCACGAACUCAGGAUGAAGAAGUUGGUGAUGGCACUACAUCUGUUAUUGUAUUAGCUGGCGAAAUGUUAGCAGCUGCAGAGCAGUUUCUUCAGCAACAAAUUCAUCCUACAGUUAUCAUACGUGCAUAUCGUGAGGCAUUGGAAGACAUUAUAAACCACUUGCAAAGUGAUUUGAGCAUACCAUUAGAUGCUAAUAACAAAGACAAAGUUGUUGACGUUGUUAAGUCCUGCGUUGGUACAAAAUUCAUUGGGAAAUGGUCUGAACUGGCUGUUAAAAUUGCAUUAGAUGCAGUUGAUACAGUCAAACUUACGGAGAAUGGACGUUUAGAAGUUGAUAUCAAACGUUACGCGAAAGUGGAAAAAAUUCCAGGUGGUAGUAUCGAGGAGUCCUGUGUAUUAAAGGGUGUUAUGAUUAAUAAGGAUGUCACACACCCAAAAAUGCGUCGUUACAUUGAGAAUCCACGUAUUGUGUUGCUAGAUUGCUCUUUGGAAUACAAAAAAGGCGAGAGUCAAACUAAUGUAGAGAUCAUUGGUGACCAGGACUUUACUCGUAUGUUGCAAAUUGAGGAAGAAUUUGUGCAACGCGUAUGCGCUGAUAUCAUUGCAGUUAAGCCAGAUAUUGUUUUCACUGAAAAGGGCGUGUCUGACUUGGCACAACACUAUUUGCUUAAAGCCGGCAUAACAGCGAUAAGACGUUUGCGUAAAACAGAUAAUCUUCGCUUAGCACGAGCAUGUGGUGCAACUAUUGUCAACCGCACAGAAGAAUUGACUGAAAAAGAUGUAGGCACUGGUGCUGGUCUGUUUGAAAUUAAGAAAAUUGGAGAUGAGUAUUUUACUUUUGUUACUAACUGCAAAGACCCUAAGGCUUGCACAAUUUUGUUACGUGGUGCUUCUAAGGAUAUAUUAAAUGAAACAGAACGCAAUUUACAAGACGCAUUGAACGUUGCUAGGAAUCUGGUUUUAGAGCCACGUUUAGUUGCUGGCGGUGGUGCUAUAGAAAUGGCAGUGUCACAAUUACUAUCUCGCAAGCAGUUGAAGGGACCAUAUACUGCAGUGGCACAAGCUUUGGAAAUCAUACCACGUACGUUAGCACAAAACUGUGGUGCUAACACAAUUCGCACCUUGACAGCGUUACGUGCAAAGCACGCUUCACACUCAGGAGAUAGUGUAUGUGCUUGGGGCAUCGAUGGCGAAUCUGGUGAAAUUGUUGACAUGAAUAAAAAAGGUAUAUGGGAGCCAUUGUCGGUUAAAAUGCAAACCUACAAGACUGCAGUCGAGACAGCUAUCCUCUUGCUGCGCAUUGAUGACAUAGUUUCAGGUUCAAAGAAACGGGGUGGUAAUGAACCUACAAAUCCUGCAGCUGCUGCUCAAGGACACGAAUAAUAAUAAAUCAUAAAUCAUGCCUUUUAUAUAAAACUAAUUUAACUUAACAUUUCUAAUGUUUUACUAGAACAAAGCUAAAUAAUUUAAUUACACCGUCAUAUUAUUUUUUUUGUUUAUUAACAUACAAAAAUUGUAUUUUCUAAGUAUUGCUUUAAACAAUAAACAUGCAACCAAUUAUCUCAUACUAAAAUA